AUGAGAAAUAUGACCAGUUUACAUAAUAUUAAUUACCUAUAAAUACUAUCAGAUAAAUUGUUUUAUUAUGUUUAAUUUUCAAAUUUCACCGUGUAUGUUNUGGAAGCUGAUAAUUUUCAAGUUUAUUAUAACUAUUAAGAUUAUUCUUAAUGUGAUUAAAUUUUGGUUAAUUACUAUUAUAACUAUUAUAUAGAUGAAUACUUAGGAUGUUAAAAUCAAAUGAUUGAAUUCUACAAUUUUAACACUAUUGAUAUUAUUAAAAAAUCAAAAUUGAUUUAAUCCUUUUUGAAUAAUUAAUUUGUCGUAAUUUAAUCAGAACUGCAUCUUACCAUUUAUAAAUAAUAAGAAUACUUCUCUAUUGGCUAAAUUGUAAUUAAUAACAACACUUAAAUAUAUUUAAAUACUUAAGAUAACUACUUAUUUACAUUUAAUACAUAAAUUAUAGUCUAUGAAUUGAAAAUACCAUAAAUAUAAAUUAAUUUAACAGAUUAAUAAGUUUAAGGAAUAACUUAUGAUAUUACAAUUUAUGCUAAAUUAUAUAAUCUGACUUUUGCUGGUAUUUGUAAAAUGUUUAUGUCUAUUACUAUUCUAGAUUAGAGUGAUACAAAUAUUUAUGUAAUUUUUAAUAAAAAUUUCUAUCAGUAUAGAUCUAUUACUGGCAAUGAAAUAAAUGAAUAAAUCUUUGUAGGCUAUUCAGGCAAAUUACUGUAAUAUACUGUGAAUAUAGAUAAUAAAUAAUUUGGAUAGUUUAAUUAAACAACAUAUUAGGAAGGAUUGAUAUAUAUAAAUCAAUCAUUUAACUUGGCCUAAAUAUAAAACCCCUAAUACUUUAUAGGAGUUACUAACUAAUCAAUAUAAAUCUUAAAUCUCGAUGAUAAUUAUAAUUCUUCUGAAACUUUGAUGGAUAUUAAUAUUUAUAUUUAGGCUCAGUAAUUAUAAGUUUCUGAUUGUUACGAAUAAAAUUGUGAUUUAAUAAUAGGAGUUAGUGAUUAUGAUACAAUCUACCUUUAUUAAAUAUACUUUUUUUAAGAAACACCCUAUUACCCCUCAGAGAUUAAGUUUGAAUAAUAAUUUUAGUAAUUUUUAGUUACAUUUAAUAAUGUGAUAACUUUGAUUACAAAUCAAGAAAUUUAAAUCAUGAGUUUGAAUUUUACUGAUUUAGUAAUCAUUAACGAACCUAUGAUUAAUAAAUUAUUUAAAUCAGACAAUUAAAUAAUAUUUAAUCCUAUCUAAAUAGCUGUAAAUACUUAGUCAUUAUCUUCAUGUUUAUUUAUCAAUAAUAUUAAUAAUGUAAUAAUUAUUUCUAUUGGUAACAGUAAUAUGCCAAUACCAAUUUCAAUUAUAGAGGUUAAAUUCUAAAUUAAAUAAAUAAACAUUGUCAAUCAAAAUUUAAUUUUAUCUUAUAUUUGUAAUAAAGACUAAGAUCUUUGUUUCUAAGUUUGGAGUAUACAAAAUUUGAAAUUUCCUUUUUUUAUGAGAAAUAUGACAAGUGUAGAUUAUAAUAAUUAACUAUAAAUACUAUCAGAUAACUUGUUUUUUUAUGUUCAAUUUUCAAAUUACACAGUGCAUGUUUACAAUCCUUACUUACCUUAACAUAUGAGUUUAUAUUAUUAACUCAUUUUAUCAUCAAAAUUGAUAUGCACUGGUAUUGUUUAAUCUUUUUAAUUUUACAUGAAUUAUUAUUCUUUUUUAUAUUUUGAAACUUUUAUCAAUUCAUUAUCAGCAGAACAAUGUUUUUAGCUUUUGGUAAAUUAAUCUCUAAAUUUUUCACGCUCUUACCCAUAAAUGAUUUAUAAUUAUACUGUUACUUCUUUGUUAAAUGUAACUGCUAAUUAAUCUACACCAAAUCAAAGCUUGACUUAUUUAUCAAAUUUCACUUAUUUCUAACCCAAAACUAAAAUAAUCAAAGAUUUGUUGAUAAAGGAUUUAAAUUUAAAUGAUCGAACUUUCACAAUUCCUAUGAAUAUAAUCCUUGAUAGGCAAGCAAGUCUUUGUUAUUUUCCUAAAAGUUCUGAUGUUGAUAAAGUUCAAAAAGUUGAUAAUGUUGAUUAAUCUGAUUAACAAUACUUUACAAAUGAUGAAUGCAAUUUAACUAAUUUUGGUUACUUUACAAAAAAUAUUGAUCUUAAUUACACAUAAGUAACUGCAGUAAAUAACAAAUUUUUUAUUCUGUAAAACAAUAGUGUAAUAAGAAUUGUUAAUUAGUAUUUUGAAUUUCUUUAAUCUUACGAUUAUUCUAAUUUAAAUUUUAUUGAAUGCUUGAAAUCAACAUCUUAUAAUUUAAGUUUAUCUUCAAUAUGUCAAAACGAUACUGCAUAAUAUUGGCUAAGCAUUUAUUUUGACUCUAAUGGAAGUGUUAUAAAUACAUGCUUAUUGUAAAUACCUUAUAAAUUUACUUAUAUAACGAAAAUUAGUAAUAUAGCCACUCUUAAUUUUAUUUUAGGCUCUUAUUUAUAAAAAAAUACAUAUCACACAGGCUUGUAUUUAUUGAACCCGUUAAACAACACCAUGCAGUAACUUGAUUAUUAAAAUCUUAAAUAUGAAAUUACUAUAGAUUUUUCAGUAGCUCUAUUUAAUUCUGGUUUAGAUAUGAAUUAGUCAGAUUUAGUUCUUAUUAUAUACGUUGAUAAUUAAGGUAAUGUCAAAUAUAUAUAUUUAUUUUUCAAUAAUAAUUCAAUUACUUUAAGUGAUACUUAAGAGUUAGUUUGGGAUGGUUUUAAUUAUGCUUAAAUUUUGAUAUUGCAAAUAAUAGACAAAUAAAUAUACAUCCUUUUCACUAGUACUGAAGGUUUUGGAUAAUUAAAAUAUUAUAAGUUAUCUUAAAACUAGUUGAAUUUAUUAAAUUUAAUAACCACUAUCCCAGCUUAUGAAUACGAUGAUUUUGUGCAAAUUCCAAAUUCUGUAUAUUCUAAUGGAUUUCUACUUCAACAAUUCAAAUAAGGAAAUACCUAUAUUAUAGGAGUUUACGAUAUUACUGAUUUACUUAUUAACAAUUUGGAAGAGCCUAUUUUGAUGUUAGGAUAAUUAAACUCUACAUCUCCUGAAUAUGCUUUAAUUACAAAUAUAGAGGAUCGAAACUCUACAUGCCUUGCAUUAAAUAAUGGAUCAGUUUUAUAUUAUCCAAUAUAUACUAGAACAUUAAAAUGCCAUUAUAGGUAAGAUAGAAAUACUGUCCAUGUGAAUAUUACUUGCAAAAAUGAUUUUUCAAAUGGUUCUUAUGAGAUAACUUUUAUACUUCCUUAAUUAGAUGAACCUUCAAGAAGAUGGAUUUAUUCAUUAAUUACCAUAAUAAUUUUCUAAUUAAUAGGCUUUUAUAUUUUGGUUAAAUAUAGAAUGAGAAAUAUUGGUUAUAUCAAUACAGAAAUAGAACUAUGA